AUGGCGGCUCCACCCACUGGGCAGUAUGUUCUCUGGUCAGACACCUGGGUCCCCCGACUCCCACUGGGUUUCCAGGGCCACGCCUUGCUACUUCAGGCAGCACCUGGUGACCGAGAACUUCUAACAGUACCAUGGUGGACGAGUUGGAGUCAUCGUUCAAGUUUGUUUUGCUUCUCUGUGAAUCAGGAUAACGUCAAUGGCACCUAUAAGGAAGAAAUUCAAAGGCUGCUGUUGUCUGUCCUGAAACCCGAGCAAGUUAUGGAGGAGGAUGUCUCCAAACCAAGAAAUGAAUUGCAGAGGAAAGACACUCUGGUGCAGAAGCACUUUAGAAAGCUGAGCCCUAGGCAGCAGGACACUCACAUGCAGAACAAAAAGUCUCUGCAGUACCUCAGGGCUCCUUGGCUUACCUAG